UACAAAACAUCUGCACAGCAAAAGACUUGGAGGAGUUUAAACUGAGGCAGCUGUGAGGAAGCGCAGCAGACGAACAGAUUUCUUCAACAUGAAUCCUGCUCUGGUGAUGUUGGCGUCGUCUUUGCUGGCCACAGUGGCAGCUCAGUCUCACGACCAUCAUGACAUGGCCUGGGUCAAUGGCUACCGCCAAAGCUUCAACUUCCAGUGUGCCCACGGAGAGGUCCUUGUGGCCGCCAGGAGCUACUUCAGCGAGCAGGACGGCAUGGACCGCUUGUGGACGUUUGAGUGCCAGCCCACACCUGAGGGUCUGGGGGAGCCCAGUGACUGCUGGUGGGACGACAUCAACCGUGCUGGGAUGGAGUGGACUUCAACAUGCACUCGCAACGGCUUGGUAGCGGGCGUACAAAGCAAGUACUUUGAAUCCGUUCUUGACCGGGAAUGGCAGUUCUACUGCUGCUAUUACAAACGCCGCUGUCCCUACUCCUGCAUGAAGACCACUGACAUUCCUGAAAACUACAGAGAGGAGGGAGAGCUGGUGGUCCCUAGUUACGGCUACUUCGUCCGAGGUGCCCAGACCACCUUCAGUGGAGUGCUAAGAGAUCGGCAGUGGAAGUACAUCCUGUGCAGAAUGACAGAAUUUGAUUGUGAAUUUGAAAAUUUAUAGAUUGUAAGCAGCUUUUUUCCCUCUCCAUAAACAGUUUGAACUAAAAACACAUAUUUACUCUGACAUGUAAACAAAAACAUAAUACUGACAUUACACAGAACUGAUAUGAUUCAUGUUUUCAUUCAUGUAUUUACUUUUGAUGAAUGGUUUAACCACAGGCAUGUGAUAUAUGCCUGUAUAAUCACAGUUUCGCAAUUUAGUCUAGCAUGGAAAAUGACUGCUCAUAUAAAGGUAACUGUUAAAAUAAACAUCAGCACAGGGGAUUUGGGCUCCACCGGACACUUUGGACAGCCAAAGUGUUUUCAUUUGGUUGCAGGAGGGACUGGAAGUCCUUUGGCACUAUGAGAAAGUGGUUUUCCAAAAAAUGAACUCAGUUAUUUGAUGCUGUGGUCAUAGGGGUGGAAAACACUGCAUCAGACUACUGCUCCAAGAUCUCUUAGUUGAGGUCACGUGACAGUGAUGGCAAAACACAGCAUUUUCAUGGUCAUAAAAGCAUUCAGUGAGCUGCGGGGUGUGGCUGAUUGGGAUAUUGUCUUGGAAGUAACUCUCGGAACAAUCAUGUUUGUGUUGGAAGAAAUGAGAAGCUCUUUCAGAUUCAUUGGCAAGAUGAGCUUUGCAUGCAACAAAAAGUGUCUCCACCUGCUUUCAAUUGACUUCACAUCCCUCCUUUAUUAAAGUGUCUUGUCCAGUUUGGCAAUUACAGCUACACUGUAUGCUGUACUGGAACUCAUGUAACUACACCGUGUGAAAAUGGGAUUAAAACAAUCCCCUUACUUUGUAAAGUCAUUUAUUUAAUAUAAAGGUAUGGUGUGUUAAUGCACUCGCAUAAUGCAAAAAUAUCUGUUUUGCAUGUUAAAAAAAUCAAAUGAUGAGUAUAUGAUGUUUAAAAUUAAAUCAAAGAAUAUGAAUUGAAAUCUCAUGAGUAUUACAGUAACUGAAUACAAUAAAUUGUUGAGGGAAAAUAUUGUGGGAGAAAGGAUAAUCUAGCUAUGUGAGAGUAUAAGCUUUCCAAAAGCACAGAGAGGAUAAACUCAGCCAUGACCACAUCAACAGCUCCUUUGGGCUUAACUUGGCUGAAAGUAAACUCAGCACUGCU